GUAUAACAUGGUUUUUGCUCCUUUCACUGGCGUUGAUAAUCAUAAGAAGUGCAUUACUUUUGGUGUUGGGUUGUUGUUGAAAGAAGAUGUUGAAUCAUAUGUUUGGUUGUUUGGUUGUUUUUUGAAUGCAAUGGGUCGGGAACCUAGGUGCAUCAUAACAGAUCAAGAUCCAUCCAUGAAAAUUGCUAUUCCACAUGUUUUCACUACAACAUGUCAUAGAUUUUGUAUGUGGCAUAUCAUGUCCAAGUUUGAAAGUGCAAUGGAUUCUCAAAGACAUAAAAGUGCACAAUUGACCAAAGCUUCUGAGUCCUCCAUUCCCGAGUACAAGACUCCGCUACAUAUUGAAAGAUACGCUUCCUCUGUUUAUAAUCUUUCAAUUUUUUAUCUCGUUCAGAAGGAAAUAUGUUGCGCCUGUUAUUCUUGUGCCGUUCAAAGUCUCCAACACGAGGGAAUAGUUUUUACUUAUGUCAUAUCAGAUGAGCGAGGAUUAAAUUUCACACUUGUACACAAUACAAGUGACGGUACUACACUUUGCUCUUGUAAACAUUUUGAGAGGAUUGGUAUAUUGUGUCGUCAUAUUUUUUUCGUGUUGAAAGAUAAGAAGGUCAACGCAAUUCCAGAUAGAUAUGUCUUACGUCGAUGGUGCAAAGAUUCAAUUCUGAAACCUCUUAAUGCAUUUGAAGAUGGUGUUUUCAAACAGUGUGUUGGUACUGAAGAACAAACAUUAGCUAUGAAGACAUUGUGGUCUGAUAUCCAUUUUUGUGUUGGAAUGAUUGAGCAUCAUCCUCACUUGUUGCAGCAAUUUUCUGAUGUCAUUAAGGUCCAAAAAGAAUUAUUGUCUAGCUCUCAACCAAGUAGUGCAGCAGCAUCUUCAAAAAGUGAAGUUAUUAAAGGCUUUUAUGGGUCACCUAUUCCUACACAAAUUAGCGUGCAUCCACCUCAGCAGGCUCGAAAUAAGGGUUGCGAUAAGAGAAUUAAAAGUGGCAAGGAGAAGGCAAUUGAAGUGAGUAAGAAGAGUAAGCGAUUAUGUAGAAAAUGUAAUCAAAAAGGUUAUCAUGAUAGCAGGAAUUGUCCACUGAACUUGGAAGAAUGAUUAUUAUUAUUUAUUCAUUAUUAGAAAUUGUACUUUUACGUUGGAGCUAGUAUUAGUCUUUUUUAUUGUUAUACACUAGGGAUUUUAAUUUUGACUUGUCCCAAAUAAUAUAACUUCAACAUGCAAUGUUAUUUCAAAAUUG